AUGGAUAUGGAAGAUUUUUUUUCAUUGGAACAGUUGCUAGGAGAAGAACAAGAAGUUUUAUCAAGUGACUCAUCACUGUCCAGUACAGAUUCAGAGGAUGAGACUGGUCCAAAACCCAAAGAGUACUCUGAUGAAUGGUUGCAAUCUGUGCCAUUAUACAAAAGAACAACAGAGAGAAGCUAUGCAGGUGCACUGAAUGUUUCACAUUCAACAAUUCACAAAUUAAGGAAGAAAGGAAGACUGAGGACACACACAAGCACAAACCAUCCUGCAUUGACAUCUAAUCAUAAGGUAGCAAGGUUGAAGUGGGUAUUAAGUCACAUAAACCCAAUUCCAACUCAAGGGGACACAAAGUUUGUUGACAUGCAAGAAGUCAUUCACAUAGAUGAAAAAUGGUUCUACUUGAACCCUGAAACCAGUAAAUUCUACCUCCUUCCAAAAGAGGAAGAUCCUUACAGGUGUCAACAGUCAAAGAGGUUUAAGAUCAAGGCCAUGUUCAUAGCUAUGAUAGGGAAACCAAUUUAUGCAAGAGAUGGGACUCUAGUGCAUGAUGGAAAGUAUGGUAUCUUUCCAUUUGUGAUAAAACAGAUGGCAAAGAAAAAGAGCAAAAACAGAGAAGCUGGUACAUUGGAAACUAAGGUUGUACAGAAUGUCAACAAGGAUGCAAUCAGACAAAUGCUAAUGAAGCACAUCAUCCCAGCAAUACACCAACAAUGGCCAGAGACUGUCCCCAAAAAUGUGAAAAUACAAUGGGACAAUGCAAGGCCUCAUCAAAUCCCUAAAGAUUAA